AUGUUUUGCUUACGAAAUGAUCGUGAAAUGUGUACCUAUACUGUAAAUGCUGUAGGUGCAAAUGGUGGAUUUUCCCCCGUUACUUUUCUGUUGUUUUGCUGGUGCUUUGAUAGACAAACACCUUUAUCAAUCAUUGUAACAUUCAUUGUCUCUUUAAUCGGCGAGAACAUCUAG